AUGGCUGGGAAAUUACUUGCGAAUUUGAUUGUGAUGGGAAGUGGGAUUCUUGGUCGUGCUUUCUUUCAAGCUUAUCGUCAGGCUCUUGCAAAUGCGUCGAAAACUGGAGCUGCGCAAGAAGCAAUGCAAAAUGCAGUACGAAAUGCAGGAAAAGUCAUUAAUGAGCAAGAGGCUAGGCAGAUUCUUGGUGUAACCGAGAAGACCUCUUGGGAAGAGAUAUUGCAGAAAUACGACAAACUGUUUGAGAAUAACGCAAAAGCUGGGAGCUUUUACCUUCAAUCGAAAGUUCUUCGAGCCAAAGAAUGUCUAGAAGUUGUAUACAGGAGCAAAGGAAACGGCACACCUAGUUAA